CCACCUAUUGUGAUUUGAGAACGAGUCGAAGAAAGAGGGCAAUUCACAUUCGGUCGAGAAGUUACGGAUUACGCGGAGCAAAUUGCGUUGCUGUGAUCGACAAUUAUUUUCGGAUUCGGGUUUAUUUCAACGCGAAGCACACCAAUUCUAAAUAGUAGGCGAUUCAACGAAAUAAGUAAAAACAAAACUUCGGGGUGUGUUAGAUUUUUUUUUCUUUUGGUUUUUCGUCCGAUAUGUAAUUUUUGCGAAGUGUUUUGUUUAGUUCCGAGAAAAAUUCCCAUAGCUGCAAUCUGCACUGAAAAUCCGUGAGGAGCCAUCAACAUCGAGAACAACGCCUGAAGCGGUGUAUAUUUUCGUGACCUCCGGAUUGUGAGAUGGAUAAGUGAAUUGCAUCAGAACGAAAUAUUCUACUAGAUACAGAUUCUGGAAAGCGGUUGAAGAGCGGUUUCGGAACCGAAAAUCACUCCGGUAGUGGAACGGAGUUGAUCUGUAACAGUGCAUAAGCAGGAACGAAAAUCUCCGUAAUUCGGAAGCCAUGGAAGCAAAACCGGUUCAAGUGGUGGAAACCGGAGACGACCACACGUUUGUGUUGAACGAAGAUGCACUGAACGAAAUACUGCUUCAGGAACAGGUUCGGGACCGAACGGUAGUUGUUGUUUCGGUAGCCGGUGCUUUUCGAAAGGGCAAAAGUUUUCUUCUGGAUUUCUUCCUGCGCUACAUGUACUCAAAGUACGAACGCCAUCAGGCUGCCUCAGAAUGGUUGGGCGACGAAAACGAGCCACUAACCGGAUUUUCGUGGCGCGGCGGAAGUGAACGGGACACAACCGGCAUACUUAUGUGGUCGGACAUUUUUCUGCAUGACAAGCCGAAUGGAGAAAAGUUGGCAAUUCUGCUCAUGGACACACAAGGCGCCUUCGACAGCCAAAGCACAGUACGGGAUUGUGCCACAGUUUUUGCGUUGAGUACUAUGCUCUCGUCAGUUCAGAUCUACAACCUAUCACAGAACAUACAGGAGGACGAUUUACAACAUUUGCAGCUAUUCACCGAAUACGGACGCCUAGCGUUAGCUGACAAUGGCAAAAAACCGUUCCAGAGACUUCAGUUUCUAGUCAGAGACUGGAGUUUCCCGUACGAAGCUGAAUAUGGUGCUUUGGGAGGAGAAACCAUACUCAAGCGGCGCUUGGAAGUGCAGGACAAACAGCACCCAGAGUUACAGUCGCUACGGCGACAUAUAACAUCAUGUUUCACAGAAAUUGCAUGCUUUCUCAUGCCACACCCCGGCUUAACGGUGGCUACGAAUCAAACAUUCGACGGACGGUUGGCUGACAUUACCCCGGAGUUUAAGAACAGUCUCAAGGAACUGGUUCCCAUGUUGUUGGCCCCUCAGAACCUCAUCGCCAAGGAGAUCAAUGGUCAGAAAGUGAGGGCUCGAGAUUUAGUUCAAUACUUCAAAUCAUACAUGGCCAUUUACAAGGGAAACGAACUGCCCGAACCCAAAAGUAUGCUCGUGGCAACGGCUGAAGCCAAUAAUCUCACGGCGGUGGCGGCUGCUAAAGAAAUCUAUGUCCAGUUGAUGGAAGAUGUCUGCGGUGGAGCAAAACCUUACCUGAGCUCAAACCAUCUGGAUUCGGAACAUAAUCGCAUCAAGGAGAAAGCUUUACAUCAGUUCUCCGCCAAACCUAAGAUGGGAGGAGAGGAAUUUUCCGAAAAAUACCGCGAAAAGUUGGAACUGGACUUAGAUGACGCAUACACGACGUUCCGGGCGCAUAACGAAAGCAAAAAUAUCUUCAAGGCAGCCCGGACGCCGGCCGUCUAUUUUGCUAUAGCUGUCAUUAUGUACAUUUUGAGCGGAAUCUUCGGUCUGGUCGGUCUGUAUACAUUUGCCAAUUUUGCCAAUUUGAUCAUGGGUAUCGCGCUGCUGACGCUUGCCACGUGGGCAUACAUAAGGUAUAGCGGUGAGCUCAGCGACUUCGGAGUGCGAUUAGACGAAAUCGCCAACCUUUUGUGGGAGAACAUUAUGAAACCUAUCUAUCAAUCGUGUAUGGAAAAAGGCAUCCAGCAUGUGGCCAAUCAUGCAACUGAAUAUGCCAUCGGAGGUGGCCCAUCGGUGCCUACUUCAUCGCGAUCCGCCCAGCGCCAGCUGAACGGUAAAGUCAAACACUCUUGAGAGUACGCCUCUGGCGGGAGCAGCGGUGGUAGAGAUAAUUCUUGGCGACAUGAUAACGGCAGCAAGUGGUGGUGGCGGUGGUCCUCUGGCGACGGGUCGCCAGAUACAGUAGCAACAUCAGCAAUGGCGCAAACCGCCAGGCAGCAACAACGAGAUCAUGCUGUUUCAAAAAGUAGGUUUAGAAUCUUUUUCGAUAGUCUUAAUGGAGGUACUAGUAAUAAUACUAUUGUUAGCGCUAAAAGGAGUAAUGACACCGAUAACAACAACACAAGCAAAAUAAUUCGGACCGAUAAUAGAGCAGCGAUAACUAUUGGCAAUGGCAAGACUAACCGGAAACGAACAAAAAACAAAGCUUAAAAAAAUAUUGGUGUUGCUGGAUAUGUUUUGAAGUUUUUCAUUGAUGAUAUGAAGGUCUUUGAAAUGCUGGAACUAAGAGUGAGUGUCCCUUGGUUCAUCCAUUUAUUGAUAGGCAUUUUUUGUUUAACUGAAUGUUUAAGAAUUAAUGUUAAUUUACAUGAAGAGUUUUAAAUGUAUCAGAUACUUGUUGGUUUGGUCGGCAUUGAAUAUGAAGCUGCGAGGUUUUUGAGUUUCAAAGAAAUUUUCUCAUUAAACGAAUGAAAAACGUAUUAAAUAAAGAAGGCACCCAUUAACCCAUCAAUCAAACUGUAUUUUCUUGGGUUUUUACGAGAAUAAAUACAUUUUAUUAUCCAUUUCUCAAUCUUUUUAAAUCGUUUUCGAAUUUGAAUCGUUAGCUUGAAUUGUGCCAAAUUAUAAAAUCUGCCAUAAAAAGCUUCAGAAGAAAGAAAAAUAGGAUGCAAAAGCUUAAGACGAAAGAAAAAUAACGAUUGCAUUUGCUUUGCAUUCGGCUGCUUUUGUUAAAAUGAGGAGGAGGUGGAUAAUUGGACCAAAAUAUUUGCGAUUUUAGCGUUCAAUUAAUAAAUUUGAGCGCACAAGCAAGACUCACAAUCGAACUUGUUUCCCUUUGGGGAGUUUAUUCUACGUUCAAACCAGUUACAGCUACAAGUAAUUUUUUUUGUAUAUUAACCAUUAGAGAUUGAAGCACAUGUAUGGUUACUUGCUGGAUUCUCUAUGGAAAAAUGAUUUUAUACAUUUAAUUAAUUAUGUUUUUAAAUUUUAGCAUGGAAAAUAUACGAAAAGUGUUUCAUUAAAUAACCUCAUUUGUUAUUUCGUGGGAAAACUGUGCUCUACUGAUACUUUGAACGUAGUUUCUUCGUAUCUUUUUUUUUUUGAUGUGCAUUUGAAAGCGGAAAACCUGUUUCGAUCAAAGUCCAUUUUAAGGAGAUUAGCAAUUCUAUAUUUAUCGAAAUCUUGUUGGUACGGUUAAAUGAAACGUGUUGUCAAAAAAGUUUUGAGCGACUUACAACAAAUACGGUUAAGGCGUCAUUUGCCUUGUUUGAAAAGAAGCUGGAUGCAAUAAAUAUAUUUUAUUAAUAUCUUAAUGAUAGCAAAAAUUCUAUAUGACUCGUGCGCUACGCAUAUCCAGAAUAAUUGAAGGACAUCUUGACUGUAAGGCCAUGAGCGAUCUUCGUUAAAGUACGAAAAUCAAAUACUACACCAGUCUUUUGCAUGCAAUUAAGAGUGUUCCUUGUCAUGCCUUUGAACGUACUAUUUUAUUUUUAGUGAUCUUUUAAACAAACCGUUGUGUGAAACGAUAGAUUUUAUUUUAUCCACUUUUUUGCUCAAUACAACAGAUGUAGUGGUUGUUUUGUUCAGUGUCACUCGUUUAAACUUUUCAUGUUAAAAAAAAACCCAAUAUAUAACAGAGAAAAACUUUACGUGAACUGAAAAAGUGAAUUCAUCCUCUCUACGUUUCUUGGAUUCUGUAAAUACAAAGAUAGGAAGUAUAACUCACCUUUAGAAUUGAAAAAUACAACAAACAUAAGGAAAAUAGCUAACAACAGUUUACAGAGAUUUGUUAAUAGGGAUGCGUUUAGGGCUCGUAGACAUACCUUCCCAAUAACGGAGUUUAAAUCCACUCAAAACUAAAAUUCAUCAGUGAGACAACAAGAAAGGAGCUAAAAGAUUCAAGUGGCAGAACGCGAGAAUGGGAGCAUUGUUGGAGUAAGAGUUAUGUGAAUUAUUUUUUUUAUAUUAAAGUUACAAAAAAUA